AUGGAAGGUGACUAUGAGAUACAUAUGAAAAAAAAUGAAAAUUUAUUAAAUGAAAAUACAAUAAAUGAUUAUGAUUUGUUAUAUUUAAAUAAGCAUGGCAAAUAUAAAGAAGAUAUUCAAGAUAGCCUUCUUGUAAGCAAAAAUAAAUCAUCAGUUAUUCAUCCAUUUUUUGCAAAGGAUAACCAUUUUAAUGAAGAUGUUAUUAAAAAAAAUUAUUUAAAUGAAUAUGAACAUAAUGAAGAAAAUAUAUUAAAAAAAGAAAAAAAACAUGAUUUAUUAUUUAAUACAUAUAAUAAAACACAUGACUGCACAAAUAUAAUAAAAAAUAAAGAUAAUAUAAUCGAACCCUUCAACAGUAAUAAUAUUGAUAAAAACAAUAUUAACAUUCAGAAUAAAUUAGAUAAAGAUAAAUUAAUUAAUCAAAAAAAUGAAAACAGUGAAAGUAAUAAAAAAGAAAUGAGUAAUGAUGUAAAUAAAAAUGAUAUGAUAGAUAACAGUUUAAAUAAUGAAGCGCAUAAAUUUUAUAGUACCAAUAUAAAAGAAAUAAAUAAUUUUUCUAUUUUGAAUAAAUUAAAAUGCUCUGAUGAUAAUGAUCAUAAUAAAAAACAUAAACAAUUUAAUAAUGAUUUAAUAAAUAAAGAAGAAAAUAAUAAUGAUUUAAUUAAUAAAGAAGAAAAUAAUAAUGAUUUCAUUAAUAAAGAAGAAAAUAAUAAUGAUUUAAUUAAUAAUACUAGUAACAUUGAAAAAGUUUAUAAUAUUAUUAAUAAUAAUAAAUAUACAUAUAAUGGAAGAAAUUAUGAUUCUCUUUCAGAAAACAAUGUGAUAGAUACAAAUAUAACAACAAAUUCAAAUCAUACUAAUAUUCUUAGUAAUGAUAAUCAUUAUAUUAAUAAUUUCAAUUCUAAAAAUGAAUGUAAUUUACUUAAAGAAAAGUGGAAUAUUAGUUAUUCUGAUUUUUCAACGAAAAUAAAAAAAAUAGAUAUUUAUGAAAAUGUUAAUUCAAAUUUCCCCAAAAAAAAUGAAAAUUCUUAUGAAGAUAAGGAAUUGAAAGAUAUCUUUUUGUAUAAAAAUAGCAAAAGUAGAAAACUUUCAGAUAGUAUUAUUUCUGUAAAGAAAAAAAUAAAAGAUAAUGAUUUUGAUACAAAAAGUACUGAUGGCAAUUUUUUCGUUGAAAAUACUUUAGAAAAAAUAAGUAACGAAUGUAUUAAAGGAAGUAAUGUAAAUAUUUUAAACAAAGAUAAUUUAAAUAAUAAUGAUAAAUUAAGUGAUUUUACAAAAAUUAAGGAUAAAAGUACUAUUAAUACUAAUGAAUAUAUCAAUAUUAAUAAUAAUAAUGAGAGUAUAACUAUAGAAUCUAAUAAUAAUGCAUUAAAUAAUUCAUAUAGUAAUAAAAAUAUAGGGAAUAAUUUUAUAAAUAAAUUUAAUACUUCUAUUGAAAAAAAUGGUGAAUAUACUUAUAGUAAUUUACAUAUAGACCAAAAAUCAAAUAAUUUUUUAAACCAAUCUUUAAAUGAUUCGAGUAAUAACUCAAAUAUAAUAUCUGUAAAUACAUCAUAUAAAAAAAAAGAAACUAAUUCUUCUAAUAAUUUUGAUUAUACUGAUCCUACUAUUAAUAAGGUUAUUGAUAACGAUAUUAUGAAUAUUGCAAAAAAAUAUUAUGAAAAAUAUCCCAAUCAUUUUUUGAAAAAUGAUUAUAAUUUGAAUAAUGUAAAAACUAAUUAUGAUGAAAAUGACAAAAUAAAUGAACAUAAUUAUGAUAUAAAAAAUAAAGAUCAAAAUUAUAAUAGUAUUAAUAAUGUAAAUAAUUUAAAUAGUAAUAUUAAUAAUGAUAAUAACAGUAAAGAAAAAGAAAAUAGCGAUAACAAGAAUGGUAGCGAUAGUAAUAAUAAUAAUAAUAAUGAGUAUGAAAAUAUAAACAACAAUAGUGAGAGUGAUAAAAAAAGCAAAGAAAUUAAUGAUAAUAACAAUAAAGAAAAUAGUGAUAAUAAUAAUAAAGAGAAGAGUGAUUAUAAUAAUAAAGAAAAUAAUGGUAAUAAUGAUGAAAAUGAAAACUAUAAAAAAAAUCAUAAUCAUAAAGAGAACAAUAAUUCAGACAAAUUAAAAAAGAAUAUUUACAAAUUCUACUUUGAUAAAAUAAAUGAACUAAAAUCAAAUGAAUUCAUAAAAAGACACAAGAGUUCAGAAAAAUUUAUUAAAAAAAAAAUAUUUAAUUAUAUAAGUAAAAAUAACAUAAUUACUAUUAUAGAUAACAUGUCUAUUUAUGUAAAAAAUAUUUAUUAUAUAAUUAUAAAAAAUGACAAAGUUAUAUUUUAUUUCAUUUUUAGUACCAAUAAUGUUAUGAAUGCUAUUAUAAAUCUUGAAAAAAUGAUCACAGUAAGUUAUAACGAAAAAAGUUUUUUAUUAUAUUUUCUUUUACACGAAGAGGAUUUAUAUAUGAAAUUGUUUAAUCUUAUAAAUAUGAAAUUUGAAAAAGAAGAACUUAUAUUAAAGUUAAAAAAUCUAAAAAGAAAGAUAAGAGAAUUAAAAAGUAAAGAAGAAAAAAAUAUGUAUAGUAAUAGUCUUGAGGAGCUUUGUAUCAUGAAGAACAAAGAAUGUUUCAAUAGUUUUUUAAAUAAAAAAAUUCAUGAUCAUAGCUAUAACUUAUUUAAUCAAAAAAAUUCAAUGCUAAAGUUAUCUUUAAAAAAUUUGGUUCCCAAAUUAUAUAAUUGCAGUGAUUUUAAUCGAACAAAAAAUUUAAUUAAUAAUAUGUUUAGAAAUAUGAAAAAGAAUAUUACUAUUAAUAAUAUAGAGAAAAAAGAAAAGAAAAAAGAUAUAUAUAAUCAGAUGGAAAAUAAAAUGGAAAUAAAAAAAAAAACUAUAAGAGGAAUAACUUCUUUUACAUUGUUUGCAAGAGAAAAGAGAAAAGAACUUUUAAAUCAAAAAAUAUUUUUAGGUAGUUCAUUAACAGAACAAACAUCUGCAGUAGCUAAAAUAUGGAAUAAUUUAAGUGAUGAAAAGAAAAAGGAAUGGGCUAUUAAGGCUUCUAAAAUAAAUGAAGAAAAUUCUUUAUUGCAAAAAAAAAAAAAAAAAAGAAAAUUUACUGCUUUUAGUAUAUUUGCUAGAGAAAAAAGAAAAGAAUAUAAAGAGAAAAAUAUUAAUAUGGGAUUAACAUUAGCUCAACAAAAUUCCCAUGUAUCAAAAUUAUGGAAACAAUUAUCUAAUGAAGAAAAAAAUAGAUACAAAAUAUUAUCAAAUACUGUUAAUGCAACUUUAGCAAAAAAUUGUAAAAAUGAUAUUAAUUUUAUUAAUGGAGAAAGAGUUAGUGGUUUUAAAGGUAGGAUUAAAGCGUUAGAUAAUAUGAUUGCACAACAAUUAAAUAACAAUAGUAUUAUAAAUAAUAAUGUAAACAGCUUACCAAGUUGUGAUAAUAAAAAAGAUAAAAAGAACAUUAACUUAAAAAAAAAAAAAAAUCAAGAAUUUAAUGAAAAUGCAGGAAUCAUAAAAAACUAUUUAAAUAAAAAUAUGAAUUCUAUUUAUAAUAAUGUUCAAAAUACUCCUCCAAAUUACAUUAGCAACAAUAAUGAUAUUAAUAUGAAUCAUAAUUAUAUUAAUGAACAUAAUUCCAAUGAUUUAUUUUAUAAUCAAAAUAAUACUAGUUUAAAUAAUAAUAAUUAUUUAGAUUACAUGAAUAAUAAACUUAACCGUUUUAAAACACCACCAAAUGACAAUAAAUCUUUAAAUAUUAAUAUUAGUAACAUAGGUAUUAGUGGAAGUAAUGACAAAGUUAAUAUAGAUGAUAAUACUAUGAAUAAUAUAAAUAAUGACAUGAAAAACAAUGUUGUAAAUAAUUCGACAAAUGUAAAUAAAAAUAACUCAAUUAAUAAUGAAUUAAAUGAUAAUUUUGUAAAUAAUUCAAUCUUGUUUAAUAAUAAUGAAGAAGAUAACUAUACACUUCAAAAAAAUGAUAAAAGUUAUAAUGGAUAUAUGAAUGGAAAUAAUAAUAUAAUUAAUAACAAAGGCAUUAAUUUUAAUAGUGGUAUUUUAAAUAACCCAAAUGUAAACAAUAUUGAAAACCUAGAUAUAAGAAAACAAAAUUUGAAUAAUGAUAUUGGUAUAAGUAAUACUCAUUUAUUAAAUCAAAACACAAUAAAAGAUAAUUUAAAUGAUAAAUAUGUGGAUACAAAAUGUUAUAAUGAUAAUAUUUACAACAAAAAUAUAAAUAAUGAAUUAAAUUACAAUGAAUUUAUGAAUUAUAGAUUACAUGGAAAACAAAUGAAAGAUGAAUUUCAUAAAAUGAAAAAUAGAAUAAAAAAUGAAGAAAUGUUAAAAAAAAAAUUAAAGAAAGAUGAAAAACAAAAAUUAAAAGAAAAAAAAAUGAUGAUGAAAUUGUAUGACAAAAGAAGAAAGCAAUUAUUAAAAGCAGAAAAAAUGAUGGAAAAAAAAAAAAAAAACAAAAAUAAAAUAACAGAAAAUUUAAAUGAAAAUUAUAUGUAUUAUUCCAAUUUAAUAAACAGCAAUGCUAAUAAUAUAAAUGCAAAUCCUUUUGAUGUUCCUAAUACAUUAAUGAAUAACACAAUGGUUAAUAAUUAUAACUUUUAUUCAAAUAUAGAUAAAACUGAGAACAAUAUAAACAGUAGUAAUAACAAUAAUAAUAAUAAUAUAAUUAAUUUUAACAAUAAUAAUACAUGUGAUUUAAAUAACACUUUAAAUGAUGUGCAGAAUUUAAAUAAAUUAAACAAUAAUAAUUUUUCUUCAUUUGAUUAUAUGAAUAAUUUUACAGUUGAUAUGGGAAAUAAUAAAAGCUAUAAACUAAGUAAUGACAAUAAUGAAAAUAUGAAUAACCUUAUAAAGAAUUUUGAAAAUAAUAAUCAUAAUGAUAAAACAAACAAUGAUUCUCAUAAUAAAAGCUUACAUAAUAGUAUAAGUGAACAAACAAAUAAAAAUAAAAUGAAUAAUUUAGAUAAUAUGUGUAAUACAAACAAUUUAAAUGAUGAAAAUUUUUAUCAAAACAGUUACAAUGAAUAUAAUUACAAUGCCAAUUAUUAUAACGAGGUCAGAAAUAGUUCUUCUAUGCUUAAUAAGAACAAUUAUGAUAAACUCAUUAAUUCUAGUAAUAUAAUUAAUAUAGAUGAAAAAACAAAUAAAGAAAAAAAUAUAGAUCUGAAUAAUUUAAAUAACUAUAACAAAAUUAUGAAUGUCGAAGAGGUAGAUUAUAAGGAAAAUGAACAAAUAUAUAAUAAUAAUGAAAUAAAUUACUCUCAAACCGAAAUAAAUUUUAACUAUUAUGAUAAAAAUAUAAAUAAAUAUUUUUAUAAUAACAACCCAAUCAAUUAUAAUAUAUAUAAUCCAUCCAUCAACAAUUAUAACAACAUCACAAAUGAUAAUAAUUACAAAGAAAAAAGAAAAUUCAAUAUAUGUUCUAAAAAUUUUAAAAAUGAAACAGAGAAUAAUAUAAAUUCUAAUGAUAAUUCUAGUUAUAAUGAAAAAAUUAAUUUAAAUUCUGAAUAUUAUGAAAACAAUUCCAAUCAUAAUGAUUACAAUAAUUUAAAUAAUUAUAUGAAUAAGCAGACAAAUAUGAACCUAAUUAAUCCUAAAAAUAUGGAUGAAAAAAUUAAAAUUUUUAAAAAUGACAAUGAAUUAAAAAGAAUUGAAACUUCGGAAAAUUCUAUUCACAUCAAUGAUAAAAAUGAAAAAAAAAAAAUAGAUGCAAAAUUAAAUACGAAUAUUGUUAUGUAUGGAGAUAAAGAUUUUAUGUUAUUAAAUAAAAAAAAAGAUGAAUUUCCAAUUAACAAUAACUCAAAUAAUAAUUAUAUUCAAAAUAAUUGUAUAUCAAUUAAUAAACCUUCUGCUCUUUUUAAUUCCGAAAAAUCUUAUAAAGAAAACUCAAAUGUAAAUCAUUUUUAUGAUAUAAAUAAUUGUAUUGUAGAAAAUAAUAAAAAUUUAUAUUAUUAUAGUAAUGGUGAAGUAAUUAAUAAAAAUGAAAUUAAUAUGAAAAGUUCUAAUGAUUACCUUAACAAUGAUAAAGAAAAUAUAAAUUUAAAAAAUAAUGAAAUUUUUAAUAUAACGGAGGAAGAUUAUAAUAAAAAUAAUAUUUGUAAAAACAUAAAUCAAAAUAAUGAAAUGGAAAAAAAUCAUCUUAUUGAUAAAAAUUAUUACAAUCAGAAAAAUAUGAAAUUAUUUUUAAAAAAUAAUUCUAAUAAUAAUGAUAUUCCAGACAAUAAUUCUGAUAAAAAUAUAUUCAAAAAUAAUAAUGAAAAUAAGGAAUUAAAUGACUAUUAUUUUAAUGAAAAUAUAAAAAAUAAAAAUAAAAUUAACAAUGAUUUUUAUGAUAGAACGAUAAAUAAUAAUUAUAAUUGCUCCACUUUAAAUAGCACACAUCAUGCCAACUUAAAUGAUACAAUAAAUAAUGAUUUAAACAAUCACAUUAAUUUUAACAAUAAUAAUUAUGUUAAUAACAGUAAUAAUAAUAAUAAAAAUAAUGAUACAAAUUAUUAUUAUCUUUAUAAUGAUACAAGUGUAGAUAAAUAUAAAGAUAUUAAUAAAACAUAUAAUUUAGUAAAUAAUAUGAAUGUACCUUAUAAUAUUAUUAAAAAGAAUAAUACUGAUAAUUUAAUAUAUAAAUUAAAUAAAGAUAAUAAUAAUGAAAUAAAUUCAAAUGAUUUAAUAGACAAUUUUCCAUACUAUAAUACUCAUGAUUCUUUUAAUAAUAAGAACACUUUUGUUUCAAAUUUGAAUACAGAAUCAGUAAAUAAACAAUACUUCUUUAAUAAUUCAAAUAACAGUAAUAAUAAUUGCAUUAGCAAAAUGAAUGAUUCAAAUAUGUAUAACAAUACAGAUAUGAAUUGUUUAAAAAAUUCAAAUAAUUUAAUAUAUUGUUCUGAACAAAUAUUUUCAGAAAAUAAAAUGAAUGAUAACCUUGUAUAUUAUAAUUCGAAUUUAGAUAAACCUCAAAAUAAUUUAGAAGAUACAGAAAUUAUUCCACUAAAAGAAAAAAAAUUUUUUAAUAGUGAAUCUCACUUUUUAGAAUUAAUAAAUAAUAAAAUAAGAAAAAAAAAAAAAAAAGCAAGUUCUACCAAUACUUUUAAUGAAGGAAAUUGUACCAUAUGGGAUCUUGUAUUAAAAAACAACAAAAAAAUAAACAAAAAAAAAGUCACGAAAAAUAAGAAUGAAGAAUACAGUAACAACCAUUUAAACGAAAUAUCAAUAAAAGGAAAUGAAACUAAUGAUAAAAAUUUAAUAGCUUUAAAUAAUGAAGAAAACAUAAACAUAGAAGAUAAUAAUAAUACGAAUAUAGAAAAUGAAGACUGUGUUAAUGAUAUUUUGAAUAAUAUAAAUGAAGAAAAAAUAAAUUUACAUAAUGAGAAAGCAGAUGAAUUAGAGGAAAACGAUAAAACUAAUUUAGACAAUGUAAGUGAAGAUAAUUGUGAUGAUUUUUUAAAUUUGUUGAAUGUAUGUUCAUCGAAUUUCUCUAACAAGUUAAACAUAAACGAUAAUGGAGAACUAAUAUAUGAUGAUAAAAAGAAGUAUACAACAAAUUUAAUGAAUGAAAAUUCAAAUAAUGAUAAUUUAAGUUUGUUAAUGCAAAAAAAAAAUAAAAUUAAUCAAAAUUUGAAUAAAUGUCAAAUAGAAAAAUACAAAAAUGCAUAUAAAAAAACGAAAUUGUGCAAAUGGAACAAUGAAGAAACCAAUAAAUUUUAUCAAGCAAUUGAAAUGUUUGGUGUAGAUUUAAUGAUGGUAAGAGCGUUAAUACCAAAAUUUUCAGAUAAACAAAUUCGUGAUAAAUAUAAAAGAGAAAAAAAAAUGAAUCCUCGUAAAAUUGAAGAAGCUAUAAAAAAAAACAAAGAAAUUAAUUUGGAUGCUUAUGAAAAUGAGCAUGGAAAAAUUGAUAAUUCAACACAUUAUAAAUAUUAUCAAUCAUCAAGUGAUAACGAUAAUAAUGAUAAAAAAAAAACACCGAUUUUAAAUGAAUCAGAAAUAAAUAUAUUAAAUAUUUUUGAUAGUAAAACAAAUGAUAUUGAUACUAAUGAUUAUUCUUGUAAUCAAGAAAAUUCUGAUUUUAAUAUUUUAACCUUGUUUUAA